CUCGCCAAGGACGUAUAGCAGACUCAGGAGGUGACGGCAUGGGGUCACGGGGUCGUCCAGGAUCGCGCCGCAGGGACAGAGACCGAGGUCGUGGGGGUCGGAACAGAGGACGAGGACGCGGGAACGCGAGGAGAAUUCCCAACGGACCGCCCACCAGAUUGGACAGACGCACGAUGGGACUGGUGUACCGGCUGUCCAACGCCAGCACACCAUUCGCCCUCUCCCUGUUUGCAAAAUUACAUCCACAGCUAAUGACAAACGCAGUAUUUUCGCCUCUCAGUGUGCACACCGCCAUGACAAUGACGUCAAUCGGCGCAAGGGGGAGAACUCAACGGGAGAUGUUCCGGUCUCUAGGUCUGAGACGAGCCAGGCUUCGCCGUAGGCGUGAGCACCGUGCCUACCACGCCUUGCUGACGUCACUGUCCUACACCCACAGAGAUGUGCAUGUAUCAAGUGCAAACGCCGUUUUUGUCAAGCCAAAUAUACCGCUGGAAGAUGCGUUCAGGCAACAGGUCCAACAGAUGUAUUUGGCCAAAUUUGACACGUUCAGCUUGAGGAACCCAGACAACCCUUCACCACUGGGUUGCACCGCGACAGGGGGAAGAUCCGAGCCUUGUUCGCCCCCGGUUCAUAAGGGCGUCCCCCCUCUAUGUUCUGGUCAAUCCCUUCUACCUGAACGCCAGCUGGCCCUACCCGUUUGA